AUGGGAAGUUCUAGCUCAGGGAUGAACGAUGGAGUGCCCCAUUGCAAGUGUGGUGAAGAAGCAGUGGUUAGGGUUUCCAAAACUGAUGCCAACCCAGGAAAACCCUUCUAUAGCUGCUAUCUACCAAAGGGUCAUUUAUCUAAUUGCAACUUCUUUCGAUGGGUUGAAGAUGGAAAUGAAGUUGAAUCGAAUGCCCCAAACUGUAUGCAGAAUGAAGAAGUUGUGAGGGUGUUGAAUGAGAUUUCUCUGAAGAAUGCAGUGUUGAUGCAGGAGGUGGUGCUUAUGAAGGAAGCUAUUUUGAAGAAAAAUGAGAUGGUGAUUGAACAAAUUAGGUACAUGAAUGCAGCCAUGUGCAAGAACAAUGACCUUGCAGCUCAACAAGUUCAAUUGAUGAGAAUUUGUGUCAUAUUGAUGACUUUGUUUGUGUUUGUAAUGAUGAUUGGGAAGUUCAUGUAA